AUGAGUGAUCGAAAUACAAGUAACAGCCUGACCCUAAAAGAACGAAUGCUAAGUGCUGGUACUGGAUCAGUACUCACUUCUUUGAUUUUGACACCAAUGGACGUGGUGAGAAUACGGCUACAGCAGCAGCAGAUGAUUCCCGACUGUUCAUGCGAUGGUCCUGCCGAAGUAUCCCAAGCCGUUAGUUCAGGGUCGAAACUAAAAACAUUUACCAAUGUAAGAGGACAGAACUUGAACAACGGGAAAAUAUUUUGGGAGAGUGCUUGUUUUCAAGAACUGCACUGUAAAAAUUCAUCGUUGAAGUUCAACGGUACUUUGGAAGCAUUCACGAAAAUUGCCAGCGUCGAAGGUAUAACAAGUUUAUGGAGGGGUAUUUCUUUAACCCUAUUGAUGGCUAUUCCCGCUAACAUGGUUUAUUUUAGUGGUUAUGAAUACAUAAGAGAUGUUUCCCCUAUAGCCUCGACGUACCCAACAUUAAACCCCCUCUUUUGUGGAGCAAUUGCGAGGGUAUUUGCAGCAACAAGUAUUGCACCUUUGGAAUUAGUUAAAACUAAACUGCAAAGUAUACCGAGAUCAUCAAAAUCCACAAAAACAUGGAUGAUGGUUAAAGAUUUGUUAGACGAGACGAGGCAAGAAAUGAAAAUGGUAGGUCCUUCUAGGGCCCUUUUCAAAGGUUUGGAGAUCACUCUAUGGAGAGACGUCCCGUUCAGCGCAAUAUAUUGGAGUUCAUAUGAACUCUGUAAGGAAAAACUAUGGCUGGAUUCUACUCAAUUUGCACCUAAGGAUGCAAACUGGAUUCAUUUCAUAAACAGUUUUGCCAGCGGUUGCAUAAGCGGGAUGAUAGCUGCUAUUUGUACGCACCCCUUUGACGUCGGUAAAACGAGAUGGCAAAUAUCUAUGAUGAACAAUAACGAUUCGAGGGGUAGCAACAGGUCUAGAAACAUGUUCAAAUUUCUAGAGACUAUAUGGCGUACAGAAGGCCUUGCAGCCCUCUACACGGGCCUGGCUGCGAGAGUAAUUAAGAUAGCACCAAGUUGCGCGAUUAUGAUAUCUAGUUAUGAAAUUUCCAAAAAAGUAUUUGGAAACAAAUUGCAUCAGUGA